AUGACGUGUUCUGAUCGAGAGUGCUUCUGGGUUUUUUGUUCUGGUUAUUUUAUAUUCCCCUUUUCUUCUGAGCGGUUGCCACAUCUACCAGAAUACUGGACUACCAGAGAGGACAGGGUGGUGCUUCUCGACGUGUGGGAGGAAGCCAAACUGAAACCUGUCGCUGUCAGUUACUCAGUUUCUGGAUAUAAUAAGGACGAGAGACCACCCCAAUAUUCUAGAUCUCCCAACUCCGCUUCCCCUAAUCCAGCUAACCAAAGAUGGGUGCCACCAAGCAAUGUUGUUGCUAAACGGGAGUCAGGUACAGCAAAUGACGACAGAAAUGACUCUGUAUUUAGACGUGUCCGUGGGAUUCUCAAUAAACUUACUCCUGAUAAGUUCGAUAAGUUAAGCCUUGAACUUCUUAAUGUAGGCAUCGAGUCAAAGCUGAUUCUGAAGGGAAUCAUUUUGUUGAUUUUUGAGAAGGCUCUUGAUGAGCCCAAGUACAGUAGCCUUUACGCUCAACUAUGUCACCGUCUAUGUGAGGAUGCGCCAAACUUCGAGCCUCCAGAUUCUACUAUAACUGUGAGUAGACCAACUACCUUUCGGCGCUUGUUGUUGAACAAGUGCCAAGAUGAAUUCGAAAACAGAUCCCGGGCUCGGGAAGCUUAUGAUAAGCUGGAAGGCCCAUUCAGUGAUGAAGAACAUGAACAGUACCAAAUUGCCAAGAAGAAGAUGCUCGGGAACAUCAAAUUUAUUGGUGAACUUGGCAAAUUGGAGAUGUUACACGAGGGGAUUUUACAUAAAUGCAUUAAGCAGCUUUUGGAGAAGAAAAGACGAACUGGGGUGCAGGAUAUGGCAGAGGACUUGGAAUGCCUCUGUCAGAUAAUGCGCACAGUUGGCCGACGCCUUGACACCAAUAAGGCGAAGUCAUGGAUGGAUCAAUACUUUACCCGUAUCCAAGGGUUUGCAAUGAACCCACUCCUGCCUGCACGCAACCGUUUCAUGCUGCAGGACAUAGUGGAUCUUAGGAGGUGCAAGUGGGUGCCACGCAAGAAUUUGGUUGACAAUGCUCCGAGGACAAUCCAACAGAUUAGGGAGGAGGCUGCACGAGACUUUGGGAUUUACUUGCAGCCCCCCUCAAGUAAUCCUGUACGCAGCUCUGGGAAUCUGUUUGGACGGAAUGGGAUGCCAGGACAGACACAGCGAGGAGGGAUAGGCAUGCUUGAUGCCUUCACUCCGGGUAUGAUGGAUACAGCUGGAAUGGGCACCGGCCCAGGCGUUAUUACUAUGGAUGGGUACAACCCAGCAUUUGACAAUAACAACAUGGGCAGAAAUAGAAAUCAAGGCUUCUUUCCUAACUACGGGAAACAGCGCCAGGAAGGUAGUUCAAAUGGUGGAGACCGCAGUGAUCGAAGUGACAGAGGAGAACGAGAACGCGGAAAUUACCAACAACAACAACAGAAUCGAGGCGGCAAUUAUCGCGGGCGCGGUGGUCAGAAUCAUAACGACCACCGGGGGUCACCAGGACAGUUCAAUAAUCACUCGCCUCAACCUGGACAAUACAAUAACCAGAAUCAGGACUUCGAUCAACAACAGAACACGAACAGUCAACAACAACAACAGCAGCCACAACCACAACAAAAACCAAAUCGAGACUUGCCCCCACGGUUCAUGAAGAAAGUCGGGUCAGGCGAGGGUGAGAUCAACCUCAGACCGGCCAAGAACUUCAUGAUGUUCAAACCCGGGACGCCAAGCAUGUUACCGAUGUCUGCACAGGUUCAGAAUAACAGUCAGACGCCGCCAUUGGCGCCGUUGCCAAAUGAGCGGAACGAGGGCGACAUGCCAAUUAUCAACCCACUCAUGCCCAAACAGCAAGUGAUCCAAAUUAAGCAGGCCCCGACGCACUCUGAGAAGAAUAAACGCGACAAAAAGCAGGCCCCCAGUAAGGAAGAGGCCAUGAAGCUUCUGGAUGAGGUGCUGACCAGUUAUCUGGAGAAUACUAAUGUGGAGGAGGCCGUGCAAACUAUCAGGGAUUGGAGAGUCCCAAAGAAGUAUUUCCCAGAGUUGGUGACUUCCCUGAUGAUCAAGACCAUUGACAAAACUGACAACGACCGAGCUGCCGUCAGCAAGCUUGUGUCGUCAAUGAAAGCAGAAAAUGUCAUUUACUCGGAACAUUUUAUGGAUGCUUUCAAUUGUAUACUCGCUCAGAUGUCCGAACUUGAAGUCGAUGUUCCUUUGGUUCGUUCGUACGUUGCAAAGUUUGCGGCACGCUCGGUGAUUGAUGAAAUCAUCACUCUGGUUGAUCUGUGCGAACCGAUGGAGAACGGGAACUACUACCCGCUCUUCAUGCUGUGUAUGCAACAGAUGUACAAGAUGAACAACAAGGACUGGCUGUACAAGCAGUACACCGAGAGCAAGAUUAACUUACAGAACAUGCUACCAGAAUCUGAUCGUAACAAAGAGAAAAUGAUGGAGAUUCUUGAAGACCGAGGCCUGAGCUUCCUAUUCCCAAUGUUACGCAUCCAGAACGACUUGUGGCGACAGAUCCAGAAAGAUCCCAACGCAGGCAACCUGUACAAGUGGAUCAAAGAGAACGUUGAUCAGAGACUUCAUCGUGAUAAGGGAUUUGUCAAUAUACUCGCCACGCUCUUACUACGGUACAUUACGAGGGAGAGUAGUCUACCAGAGGGGGGCGACCCUAAUGUACUGCCAGACAAGAACCUGCUGGAUAAGGAGAAGGAACUCAUGACCAAGUUUAAGGGAGUCCUACAGAUGUUCCUCCAUGACCACGCUGAACUCCAGGUCAGUGUGUUGUAUGCACUGCAGGUUCAUAGCCACAGUAGUGGAUUUCCAAAAGGAAUGCUGUUGCGAUUCUUCAUGUAUUUCUAUGACCUCGAGAUCGUUGAAGAGGAGGCGUUCUUCAAGUGGAAGGAGGAGAUUAAUGAUGAGUAUCCUGGUAAAGGAAAAGCAUUGUUCCAGGUGAACCAAUGGCUGAUGUGGCUGGAACAAGCUGAAGAAGAGUCAGACGAUGAUGACAACUAAAACCGAUUACGACAACACAACUGGGAAAGAUUGACUAAGAGCCGGGUUGCCCUUACGGGGAGCAAAGACUGCAAAAUUUAAUGUCUGUCCCCCCUGCUUGAUACCAAGACUGUGGAUAGCGGUGAACUAUCGAGGCUUGAUGACCCUGAGAACAUUCUGCUGCCUAUUUUGAGGCAUGUAUAAUUUCUGGCCAAGUUCUCGGCACGGACGGUCUUUGGCCUAUUUUGGGGCCUUGAUUUGAAUCAAAACGGGGCUGUGUGAUGGAUUAAAAGUGGAGAAAGAACUGUCUGUUGCUGUUUUGUCCAGCUGAUGCUGUUUGAAGAGAUCAUGCUUAAAAUUUUAGAAUAUUUGUCGAAAAUAUGAAAGAUCAUUGUAAAAAUUUCUGUGGUUAGUUUUUGAUUUUUAACACCAGUAUUGUCAUUUUUUAGCUCCUAGAUAAACGAAUUAGUGGUGGAAUUUGUACAUUUCAUUUUGAUGUGAAGAAAAUCUGAUAUAAUUGUGGUUACUUGUGCCUCGAAAUUUUGCUGAUACUUGUGAAAUCAAUAAUGAUUAAGGCCUGACCUGAAUGUGGGUGGUCGGAACCAAGAAUUUAUUUAAAGCUUUAUCUCAAAAAUAUAUGACCUCGUUAGAUAUAUUUUUGCUUAAAUUUACUUCCCACAAAGGUUGAACACCACAUAUUUUGAAAUUUGGAGCAGCAAAAUUUUGAUGCAACAAGAUAUCAACUUAAGAUUUUCAAAACUCAGUUUACGUUUUUCUACUACCAACUUGACAGUAUGGCAUGUCAUAUGGCAGUUGGAAUUCUUUCUUACACAAUCUUGGCUCAUGGAAGUUGACAACUUCCCAAACAAUCAAAAUUCACUCUCUCUAUAUUAUUGUACCGAAACUACACACCAGGUGGUUCCUUGUCUCUUUGUUCCACGGAGGACAUGUGUCAGACGUUUCAUGCAAAGGCCUCGUUUUAUUUAAUGGAGUGGCUGUACAGAAACGAGAUAAGGACAUUACUCGGGAUGCACAGACUGAUUAAGUGAUUAUCUGAGGCUGUAGGCUUCAAAGACUUCUGACUAAAUGCCAAUAAUGGGAUGUUGGCAUGUGACUGGAUUAUACGAAUUUUAACUUCAGGAAUAGUAACUCCUGCUUGGCUAUUAUUCAUUCCUGUUCACACGUAGGAUAUCGUUUUCACGUUAUGGUGACGAUGGAUUUCACUGAACCUUAGGAUUGCAUGUUCGAAUGAUAAACAAUUGAAUCUGAUGAGGAUUUAUUUGACAAACUCUACUGAUACAAAGACUUAGAAUGUCACUCAGGAGGAGCGGUGCGUGGAACAAGGACCCCUGGUGGUGUUUGUGGGAGUGAAUGCCUUUCUUAACUCUUCCACACCUUUCCAUCCCUUGGCUACUGUAAUGAAACUACCCAAAACACGAAUUUAUUACAAGCAGAUAUGACAUUGUAGUCCAUGAUGGUGCUGUAGGGAUGAUUGGGUACUGCUAGUAUUCUAGUGUAUGCUCAUACAAUUCAAUGGUGUUCUUUAACAAGAUUUUAUGAUAUGGAUUAUUGUGCUCGGUACCUGCUGGGCGCAAAUGUGGUGUUGGCUCUUUUGUUACUAGUAAAAUUGUGUGAACAACAUAGUCAGAUAUAUCAUCAGAAUUGUGAUACUCUUUGGUAAAAUCUUGUCACAUACUGUUAUAAUGAACAUAUGAAUGUCACAUAAACAUCAUGAUCAACUAUGUAUGUCAUUGUACUCAUACCAUAUUAGUUAUUGGUAUAGAAGCCAUGACUUUCAACUCAUUUUCUUUGAAAAACUUCAGGUACAGUACUUUAUAUUGCCGUGAAGGGUUGAAAUUGCUAAAAGGGAAUUUCAUUUCAUUUCAAAUCAGUCGCCUUUAUAGGGACACGGCAUUUGCUUCAGUCAUUGAAGUAAUAAUUACAUUGUGCAAGGCCAACAUAAGAUUCUCAAUCUUUUUUGUUAAGAAUUCAAUGCACCACUGUAAUUAAUGUUAAGUGCCAAUUGUUUCCAGUCCACUUUUUUUUCAAAUCCAUUCUUGGCUUGUGAAAAGUACAUGAAUUUCUCGUCUCAUUUUAUAUAUUUGCAUUGUACUAUGGCAUCUUCCAUAUUCCAUCUCACCUCGAGUUGUUAACGCAAGCCUGAUGACAAGUCGAUGAAAAUCGCUUUUUCAUGCACACCGCCUAAACCAACAGGGACAGGGUUUUGCGGUGAUGAUAUCGAUGUGAGGUCUGAACUUUGGUGUUGUCUAUUGAGUUUGGUUAUCACUAUUGUGGUAAUAAUGACAAACAGGAAACAUCUCAUUGUUUUAUCCUGCUCUCAACUUGAGGCGAGGUGGAUUGCAGCACAACAUGUACUCACAAUUACUAUAUGGCACUUGGUAUGAAUUUGAAACCCCUGUCUUCUUAUCAUGUUAAUAGUCAUAAUAUAUAAUCACUCUUUUGUUUGUUUUCAUGUUCUCAGUUGCUGUCAGAGUGGAUGCAUUUCUAGUGCUUUCAUAGUUACGUAGAUAAAGAGAAUAGUUGUCUUUCAUUCCUAUUUCUUGCUUUUAAAUGUUGACCCAAAGGAUUAAAUAGUCAGCAACGUUUUAAAACUCAUCUGGCCCACCUGGCUGUUGCCUUUAGUCUCUCUGUAAAGGAAGAAGAGCAGAUCUGCCGAACCAGCACUAAGCACUAUUGAGCAGUUCAGAGUUUCAGUAAAUUCUGGUAUGCGCCAGAAUAUGUGCGCAAACUAACUACUGAAUCCAUACACACUGUUGGUGUUAAUACCAGUAAUUCUUAGAGCACGUAGGAAUUUUCUCACAUUGUAUAAAUCUUAGAAUUCUUCCUUUUAAUUAAUCCAAAUAUAUUUGUAAUUUGAAUGUUGUGUUUGGUUCUAAAUAGGCAAGAUGAUAUGAUAUUGUCCCUGUGAUGCUCAUCUACUGAGAGCAGUGCAACUUUAACUUCUUCUGGCAGAUCCAUACAAUCUUGGUUUGUAUCAUCUUUGGUCCUCAUAUUUAAUCAUGUGAUUGCCUUUCGUGACAAGGUCUAGGUUAUGCUGUUCAAUGACUGGCAUUCACAUUUUUAAAAUGUGAGAACGGUGAUGUUAUAGGAGCCACGAUCACAACUAGAUGGACUCCACAGUACUUGCCCCUGUUGGGGUGGAGCAUGUUGACACAUUUUCAUUGCAUUGUUUUAAUGAUGAACUCUUCGUUUUGUCCUAACCUUCUUGACGCCGGGAGGUGUCAGAUAUUUCACAUUGAUUACAAUAGUCAUUUAUCAGAAUAAUUGUCGUGCAUGUGUGUAUACAUGUGAUAUUCCGAAUCAUUUUGCUCUGUUUGUCAUGGUCUCAAAAAUCUGGCCAUUACCAUAUCUAUAUUUUUAAAAAGUCUAUUCUGUUGCGAAAAGAAUGGAACUGUUGCCACUGAGAGUAAAAAAACACCUUCAAAGUAAUUAAAAUGGCACCUGAUUUUCGGUUUUGCACCAUUUUGUACAAGGACGAUCAACCCCAUGGGUCCAGGUGCUGAAAUUUAACGGUUCACAAGGCUUUGCGUGGGACAUUUUCUUAAUCCUUGCUGACUUUGAAAAGGAUUUGCUUUGAAAAUGGCUUAUUUUUUCUAGGGUUUGUGAAGCUUUGAUAUCCCAUUUUCGGGUGGGUGCUUCAGACAAUAGAAUCAUUGAAUUACGAAGGGGUCCAACUCCACCAAGGUAAACUGUUCAGGAGAAGGUGUUAUGUUUUUAUUCAAUAUCAUAAUUUACAGCACUUUAAAUGGUUCAAGUUAGGAAAGCGACCUUGUGAGCAGUUCUCUAGAACUAUACAGGACAAAUAAUCAUUAGGUCAGUUAAAGAUUGUUGUGUUGGGUUCUUUUUCAGCAGUUGAGGAAAAAGGAGUUUGGUCCUUUUGUUUAACUCAAUGAUUCAAUUAUACCCUGAUAUUAAAACAUUUUAGUUCUUAUACAGUGUUUGUUGAUUUGGUUGUGUCGUAACAGAGUGAAUCUCAUGACGAGUGAUGAAACGUAAUAAAUUGGAAUGGAAUGAUUGAAA